AGUUCUGUCUGUCUUCUUCAUAGACAAGAGUACUUUUUCAGUGAUAAACAGACUUUUAUAAUAAAAUAUGACUUUAUGAAAUUUUUGACAGUAGGUUUAGCAUGUAAUAAUUUUAUUACCUAUAUUUAAUAAAUAAUGCGUAAUGUAAAAGAUAAUUUUAGUGAAUCUGCUAAAGUUGAUGCACCUUCUAAAGAAACACCAACUCAUCGGAGUAAACCGAAACAUGUACCAGAACCACCAAGGAGAGUCGGUAAAUUCGAGAUCAAGGCUACAGGGGACGAAGCCAGGAACUAUGACUUUGCGGCUGCCAGACCUCCUGCCAAGAACACGAACUUUAUCGAAUCGGCAGCUCACAUGGCAAAAGGAUGCCUCGGUGCUGGCUUAGUGGCGAUCCACCAGAACUACGCCAGAGCCGGGCUGUGGACUGCUCUGAUCCUGAAUGUAGUUCUGGGUAUACUGCUCACAUAUUGCAUUCAUAUUCUGGUGCAAUCAGCUCAGAAGCUGUACGGGCGGGUGCAGGAGCCCAAGCUAUCGUACCCUGACGUGGCGGAAGCGGCGGCCGCUACCUCCCCCUUUCUGAAAGUACGGAAAUUCGACAAAGUAGCCAGGCACGCAGUUGAUUCAGUAAUAAUGAUAGAUCUAUUCGGAUCUUGCGUCGCGUACCUGGUGGUAAUUGCUAGAUCGCUCAAGCAACUGAUCGAGAAUACCGACGCAAAAGACCAGAGUUACAUCCGACUCUACAUUCUGGCUCUCUUGAUCGUGUGUAUUCCGAUCACAUGGAUACUGGAGUUCAAGUACUUGGCACCAUUCUCCAUUGUGGCUAAUCUGUUUCUCUGUGUUGUUGUUAUAGCUACGGUGGUUUACGGUAGCAUGGCUGCCUCCACAAGUCCGCUGAACACUACAGCUUUUCCACCAAUUAAAUCAUGGCAAGGCGUGUUUACGUACAUGGGGGGUUGUGUCUUUGCCAUGGAGGGGGUUGGCGUGUCUAUGCCCAUUGAGAACUACAUGGCUAAUCCAAAGAGAUUUCCUCAAGUACUCGUCGCAGCCAUGACGGUCGUCAUAUCCAUGGUGAUGGCAGUGGGAUUCUUCGGCUACUGGGGCUAUGGAGACGAAUCCAUGGCACCUGUCACUAUGAACUUUAGUAGGAACUGGUUCUCAAUAAUCCUCAAAGUGCUGAUGGCAUUAGUGAUCUACGUGACGUUUGCCCUCAACUUCUGGGUCCCGUUCGACCUGGCCUGGUACUACAUUAAGAGGAAGAUCAAGCCUGAGAAAUACUGGUUCUGGCAUCGCUUCUGGAGGACCGUGUUCGUUAUUGGGAUCGUGUUGAUUACCGUCGCGUUUCCUAGUGUUGACCUGUUGAUUGAUGUGAUCGGAGCUUUCUGCCUGUCCAACAUGGGUUUCAUAUUCCCGUCGCUCAUUGAGCUGAGCGUGGACUGGUUCGACCCCGGGCCUGGGAGGUUCUACUGGCGUUUGUGGAAGUGUGUGGCCAUCUGUGUGUUUGGCGCUGUGUUGUGUAUCAUCGGCACUACCACUAGUGUCAUAUCGCUGAUCCACGAACUGUAUGGCUAACAUAUACUUAAAAUUAAAUGAGGCGUUUGUUAAAAACAA